UUCGUGACCAUUACCACCAACCAAUAUCCUUCCUUCGCAAUUCUCCUCUUUUAUCCCCGGCCAUUCGACGACUGCCUCUCCGUUUCAAAUUUCCGACGAAUUGAGGAUCUCGUCGGAGUAUUCUCCAUCAUUGAAUCGAAAGUUGAUCGCUUUUUUGUUUUCUCUGCGGGGGCUGAUUUGGGUUGGCGUUUGAUCGGAAUAGUGAGGAGAAAGGUUUCAAUGCUGGCUGAGAAGCUCCGGGAUUGGGAAAUGAGCUGCCGUGCCUGAUGACGAAGGUAAAGAGGAAAGUCGGGAAGUAUGAGGUCGGCCGGACGAUCGGCGAAGGGAAUUUCGCCAAGGUCAAGUUUGCUCGGAACCAGGAGACUGGUGAAAGCGUCGCCAUUAAAGUGAUGGCCAAAUCCACCAUUCUCAAAAACAAAAUGGCUGAUCAGAUUAAAAGAGAGAUAUCGAUCAUGAAGAUUGUCAGACAUCCUAAUAUUGUUAGGUUGCAUGAGGUUUUGGCAGGUCGGACGAAGAUAUAUAUCAUUCUUGAGUUCGUUACCGGAGGAGAACUGUUUGAUAGAAUUGUCCACCAAGGAAGGCUUAAAGAGCACGAGGCAAGACGAUACUUUCAACAGCUUAUAGAUGCAGUGGACCACUGUCAUAGUAAGGGUGUGUACCACAGAGAUCUUAAGCCUGAAAACCUUCUUCUUGAUGCUGCCGGGAAUUUGAAGGUCUCUGACUUUGGAUUGAGUGCGUUGCCUCAGGAUGGUGUUGAUAUUCUCCAUACUACCUGUGGUACACCGAAUUAUGUUGCCCCGGAGGUGCUCAGCCACCAAGGUUAUGAUGGGGCAGCUGCCGACAUAUGGUCAUGUGGAGUAAUCCUCUAUGUUCUGAUGGCUGGAUAUCUUCCAUUUGAUGAGACAGACCUUCCAACUUUGUUCAAGAAGAUAAAUGCUGCAGAAUUCACUUGUCCUUUUUGGUUUUCUCCAGAUGCAAAGGCCCUGAUAGAUAAGAUACUUACUCCCAAUCCGAAAAAACGCAUAAGGAUAAAGGAAAUUAGAAGAGAUCCAUGGUUUCGGAGGAACUACGUGCCUGUGAAACACACUGAAGAAGUGGAAGUGAAUCUGGAUGAUAUUCGUGCAGUCUUCGAUGACAUCGAGGACCAAUAUGUAGCAGAGAAAUCAGAAUGCAGUGACACUGGACCAUUAAUAAUGAAUGCCUUUGAAAUGAUUACCCUUUCCCAGGGGCUAAAUCUAUCAGCACUGUUUGACAGACACCAGGUAUAAAACUUCCUCAAAAAUCGAAUUCAUGGAGUGCUGAAGUUUGAAAGCCUUGCUAUCUCCACAAACUGGCCUUUUUUUUUUUUUUUGCUGCUGAUGCUGAAUCCAUUACCUGAAUCCAUCAAAAAAAAUUUCCAUGGUCAGGACUAUAUAAAGAGGCAGACUCGUUGUGUAUCCCGAAGACCAGCAAAGGAUAUAAUCUCAACAGUCGAAGCAGUUGCUGUCUCAUUUGGCCUCAAGGUUCAUACUCGUGGUUACAAGAUGAGGCUUGAAGGAAUGUCAGCGAAUAAGACCGGUCAUUUAGCAGUGGUGUUGGAGGUUUACGAAGUAGCACCUUCACUGUUCAUGAUAGACGUGAGGAAGGCAUCAGGGGAAACUCUCGAGUAUCACAAGUUCUACAAGAACUUCUGUGCAAAGCUCGACGAUAUCAUAUGGAAGCCAGCAGAAGGAGCAAACUCAGGCCUGCUUCGAACGAUGACUUGCUGAUCCAGGGAUGCCAGAAUGGGGUUUUCUUGGGCGUGAAGCAACUAAACUAUAUAUACGUAAAUAGUCUCUCUACGUGCUCUGUUCGAUCCUGAAUUUUUGACAAUCAUGUUUCAUCCUCUGCAUACAUCACCAUGUCCUGUCUUCUGGAAAAAGAUGAACUCCCAAAGCGUAGAACUACCACUCUGCCAGGAAUGAGUAAAUUGAGCUCUGGGUUUCUAGUGAAUCUGCAAAUCCCAUGCAAUCGAACAACUGACGAAAGAGUCUGUUUUGUUACCAAAUAUCAAAUAUGCACUCUGGAUGAAUGUAGAAGCAUAUCAGACUGAAUUGGUACUCCUAUCACUUUUGCAAGGAUUGCAUAAGCAAGCACACUACAAAUUGGUCUCUGUCAACAAGUACAAAUAAGAUUGAGCUCAGACAACGAAAACACGAUCACUUCAACCGAAUCUAAUUCCAUGUCAACACGAGUAUAAUCUGUUUUGCUUCAGCAAUGGUUUUACAUGUAUCUGUUGAAACGUCCAUCACUCUGUCUUCAUCCUCUACUCCUAUACUCCCGAUCAUAUCCCGUUUUAUAAUCUUCAUAUCUUUGAGUUGAUGGCGCCAACACUUACGUCCGGUUUCGCAAUGACUAUCAUAAGAAUCUCUCAUCAUAAACUGGCGGCAUAUAUGCUGUCAACAAAUCAAAAAAACCCAACUCCAUUAUGAAGAACAAAUGUAUUGGUAAAAAAAAGACGGCUAAACAGCUGGGAACAAAACUAUGGAGAGGAAGGAGCAAUGCCCUAACGACAAAACUAGGGGGCAAAAAUAGCUGAAAUUGUCUUGAUAAACUGUAAAACAUCGUACCACGGGAGCUAUUGAGCCGCCUCU